AUGCCCACAGAGUUACACGAUGCCCAUCAACGGUGGGCUAUUGACGCGUUAGUAGAAUGGACUCAGGAUGGUCUACUGAGUCGUGAGGAGCAGAGGGCCCUGGACGCUGGUGUCGGAACGACCUUUGAUGGAUUUACCGGUGUUUAUCAAGGCUCUUACAAAGAGCCAGAUUUUUUCUUUAGAGCUGAUAACGACGAUUUUCCUUCCAUUGUUAUGGAGUCCGGCUGGUCUGAGUCAUUGCCUUAUUUGCGGGCAGAUAAAGAUCUUUGGAUUAAGGGGAACGAUUUCGUACAGCUUGUCAUCUUGCUGAAGUGGCAUAACGUCUCUGGAGGACGAGUAAAGGGGAGUGCGGAAAUUUGGAGACGUAAUGGGACUGGAAACCUUGCCACCACAGAAAUGUGUAUAGGUGGCGGGAUGGUGAGCCACGGCCGCUGUGGGCUGGGCCAAUCCACUACACCCACAGGGUUCAAUUUGUCUCACGGCUUCCAGGCGAAUCUUUACAUCCCAACAUCACAUCACAGCCACCCAGGUAUCUAUCCAGCUAUCGAGAAACCAUUAUCUUUCAAUCAGCGGUCUAGCUAUCACAGCCAGCAUUUCACGCUAUACCGGGCAUCCCAGACUUCUACUACCACACUUAAACUACUUCUCCACACCUUUACCCUUCAUUUCUCCCCGAGGAAAGAGCAGCUACGCAAAUGUUUGAAUGGAGCCCGGAAACCAAGGUCCUCGCCAGCUGUUACUCCGUCAACACUAGAAGCGCGACCCUCAACAGUUUCCAUUAUUGCACUACAGUUGGCACCGGAGCCCAGUGGUAUCCCUGAGGUCCCCACUGGGCAUAAAUUCCCCCCGACAAGUCCUCCCACAAAUGUGUCGGCCACUGCAGCAGCAUCAGCAGUGGUGGCCGACCAAUUCCGGUCGUCACCAAAAGCACCGGGAUGUGAUGGGGAGGCAGUGCAAACUAUCACGGAAGAGUGUGAGAGGCUCUUCUGCGACACAUUGUGGGCAAUGUUCCUUGGUGAGAGGCAACUUGCUCCACAACAGUCGCUGGUGAUAGGUGCGACUCACAAUGACAAUAACAACAAUAACAAAGGGGUAAACGUAUCCGAAAUAGCGAGGAAAAGGGCGGUUGGGCGAAUUCAGAACUUUAUUGAAGUAUGGGAUUAUGCUGGUGACACGAUAUACAGGGGUUUUGUUGCUGCUGAUGGCAACCGAAGAACGCUGUUUGUGUUCUUUGACAACCAUAUUUGUGCUGGGCAAGGGUUGAAAUCUGGAUUGAUGGCAUUGUUUGAAAUUGGCAGCAUGACGGAUCUCGGCUGCUCAGAAAUGGUUGCUUGCGUUGAUCGAUCGAUGGACGAGGUGGAGCUCGAUGCUGUAAUACGAAAUCUAGGCUGGGUUGGGUUUGAAUUGAGUACUUUACGUGAUUGGGUGGUGCCUGCAGCGAAGGGGCAGUUUAUCAGUAACAGAUGGCUGUUUAUGACAGUUGAAAUCUGAUGUUUUAUCGUCCUGGACUGCACCUGUUCUUCUGUCUGGUUGUCUCUCUGCUAAAUAUCAUGUCAGAUACGAAGUGUCAGUUAGCUACACUAUGGGUUAAAUCGAACAAGCAUGUUUUUGUUGUC